GUUAGUUUGCCUCCUUUGCUUUUCACAUGAUUUUGCCGAUCACCGGUGAUUUUAUUCUUAGCUAUUUUGGCCGUUUCUAGAAAUGGCCGGAGUACUAUUCGAGGAUAUAUUUAAUGUCAAAGACAUUGACCCAGGCGGCAAACAGUUCGAUCGAGUCAGCAGACUUCACUGUGAGAGUGAAUCUUUCAAAAUGGAUCUUAUCUUAGACGUUAACACAUGGCUAUACCCAAUGGAAUUAGGAGACAAAUUUAGGCUGGUUCUUGCAGUAACACUUCGAGAAGAUGGUUAUAUCGACACUGGUGACUGGAAUCCGAUGGAGACAGAAGGCUCGCGAGCGGACUCCUUUGAGUAUGUAAUGCACGGCUCAAUUUACAGAAUAGAAGGUGAAGACAGUUCAAAAGAACCUUCAAAAACCAAACUAGCAGCCUAUGUAUCAUUUGGUGGAUUACUUAUGCGACUGCAAGGCGAUCCCAACAACUUGCACGGGUUUGAAGUAGAUCAAAGCCUUUAUCUACUAAUGAAAAAACUUGCUUUCUGAUUCUCUGUUUCACAAUGUUUUGUAUUGUACCUUUCAAGAAUUAUUUUUUGUAAUGUUUAAACAUCCUGCAUGUAUAUAUUUAUUUAUGAAUUAAAUGUAAAUAACACCAACUUCA